AUGCACGAAAAUUGUCGGAAACGACGACUUCUGACAGAAGUCGUCUUUGUAGUUUUAUUGUUGCUUAUUGAGCCCACCCAAUCCUCUUCAUCCUCCUCAAAAUUCACCCCACCAUCACAAGUGACGGACGUGGAACUCAAGUGUCCAGACGAAUGGAUUCGUCUCGGCACGAAAUGUUAUCUCCCGUUCAACAUACACCAAUCAUGGCCGUUUGCGCUGACGACAUGUCAAAGAUACGGAUCGACACUGGCCAAAAUUCAGACUGGUUCCGAGAACCAGUUCAUCGCGAAUCUACUGUCGAAGCCGGGAGGAAAAAUGGGCGAGAUUAAAGAGUACUGGAUUGGGUUGACUGUUGAGGUCCUCGACGACGAUGAGCUCUACAUUUGGUCAGACGGAACGCCUACAUCUCGCUACGUGGGCUUCUGGAGACAGGAUCAGCCAAACUUCCUAAACGGGACAUGUGCAAUGGGUCGUGUGGAACGAAAAGACCUCGAAUGGAGACUAGAAACCUGUAAUCUCCUCCGCAGAUUCGUUUGUGAACGUCCAGCAUGCGUUCAAGGAUCCUAUUUCUGCUCAUCUGGAUCCUGUAUCUCGGAAUCCAAGAAGUGUAAUGGAUUCAAUGAUUGUGACGAUGGAUCCGAUGAACAAAACUGUCCAUCAGCAUUCCAACCGGCUUGCCGGACCUAUGAAAAAGGAGAAAGUGGACAAUUAAGCUCACCGAACUAUCCAAAUAGCUAUGACCCGAAUUUAAACUGCCGUUAUGUUUUGGAAGGACCCGUGAACUCGAGAAUCGAGUUGACGAUAGAGCAUUUUGAGACAGAACCCGUUUUUGAUGUUUUGACAGUGCUAGAUGGUGGACCAGCGGAGAAUAGUACAACAGUAAUAAAACGGCUCUCCGGCUCUUUUGAAACUGCUCAAACCAUCACCUCCUCAACGAACAUGAUGAUAGUCCAGUUCCGAAGCGAUGCUCAAUCGAAUGCCAGAGGAUUCCAACUGAAAUGGAGAGCUAUUCCAUUCUCCUGUGGUGGCCACUACAUUGCUCAGGCUUAUAUUCAACCUUUUGUCUCUCCCGGAUACCCAAAAACGUUCGCCAACGGCGCGGAGUGUGUCUGGACCGUGGAAACCACCCCUGGACAAGUGAUUUCGCUGAUUUUGGACGACUUCUCUCUUGGCGCCGAGGACAAUCUGAUAAUCUACAAUGGACCAACGCCUUCGGCUACCGUACUUGCAUCAUUCUCUGGAAACCUCACCACCAAGAAAUACGUCACCUCCUCCACCUCCCACAUCUACAUCUACAUGAUGACUCGUCAGAAUUCAAAUUCCCGCGGUUUCUCAAUUUCCUACAAACGUGGAUGUGACCUAUCGAUGAGUGACGUCCUCGGAGAAAUCAUCUCUCCCGGAUAUCUGUCUUCUGAAUACCCCAACGACGUCCAAUGCACAUAUACCAUCGAAACCGAGGACCAGAAGGCGGACAGAUCGAUUAGUUUGAUUGCUCAGCGGUUUGACUUGGCCGAUGGGGAUACUGUAAGAGUGUUUGAGAAUUCUGUGAGCAAAGGAAAGGCACUUCAUGAAAAUGAUGGAUUUGGACUGAAAACUAAGCCGGAGAAACAGAUAGAUUCGAAUUCAAAUCGCAUUCAAAUGGUGUUCAAAUCGGGUUCCUCCAGACAAGCGAUGGGAUUCAAUUUCAGUUAUUCUAUUGUUACAGCCCAACAAACAAAAUCUCUCAAACUUUCAAUAAUCCCAAUUCCUAAUUUGUUGUUUCCAGACUGCCCCGCAUUUCCAUCUGUCCCAAUGGUGACCCUAUCUACAAAACAGCGGUCCGUGAGCACUCGGGUUACUGUAUCUUGUCCCAUUGGUUUUGAAUUUGCUUCUGGAGAGGGUAUUUCGAAGACUGUCGUGUGUUUGAUGGGCGGAAAAUGGUCGCAGAGCCAUAUUUCGACUUGCCAGCCCAUUUACUGCGGCGCCGUGCCCCAAAUCGCAAAUGGCUAUGUUGACAGCGCCACCAACGUCUCCUUCGGCGGCCAGGUCAAAUAUUCGUGUCACAAAGGCUUCUUCUUCUCUUCCGGAAAAGAUAUCGAGACGGUAUACUGUGGAGAGCUCGGAAAAUGGAACACACCGCCGCCAUGCAAGGCUGCCACGUGUCAACCGUUGACCCAAUUCACAAAUGGAGAGAGAAGACUCGAGUUUGGUGAUGGAACGGGUUACGGUAGUGUGUUCCGAUACGAUUGUCAUUCGGGAUACCGGCGAGAGGGUGUGGAGAGUUUGUUGUGUAAAUCCGAUGGCACUUGGUCGUCGAAACAGCCCAGUUGUACGAGUGAGUUGAAGAUUCUUUUUAUUCCCGUUUUUGGCCUAGUUUUUUUCGUCAAGUCGCUUGCACACAUCUCCCAGAAGUCCCGAAUGCCAGAAUCGAGGUUCCCGAUCGAUUCCUAUUUGGUGACGUCGCUCGUGUCGUCUGCAACUCUGGCUUCACAAUUGACGGACCUGAAGAGGUACUGUAGUUUUUCAGAUUUUCAAAAUUUCCAAAAAACAAUGUCUUCAGAUCCGCUGCCUGGCCAAUCAGACUGUCUCCUCAACCCGCAAUUAAUGUGCCUCGAAUCCCAACCAAUCGAGACAGGAUCCUCCAACUUCUGCCCGGACCCUAAAUCCACUGAUAAGAAGAUCAAAGUGCUCAAAUUUGCGAUUCCAAUGAUUGUGGAGCAGAUAAGAUUCACCAACCAGCGAAACGGAAAAAUCCAAAAGAUCAGUGUCAAGUACUCCGAAUCGAACAAAUCUCGCACCAAAAAACUGCAAAUCGAUAAUCAAUCGAUUUUCGGUGUCGAUGAUGAUGACGUGGCAACACUUCCGAUGGCUUUGGAGGUUCAAGUGCUGGAAAUUGAAGCCGUUGGGAUGGAAGGCACACCGUGUGUAGAGGUUGAAGCGCUGGGAUGUCAGAGGACGUCGUGUGCCGAUAUAAAUGAGUGUUUGAAGAAUAAUGGACAUUGUGAUCAUUUGUGUAUCAAUACUCAAGGAAGUUAUAAGGUAAGAGGGAUAUUUUGGUGCGCCUGCCGUAAUGGAUACGAUUUGUUCAUGGAGAAUGGGCAGUCAGGAGUGAAUGUUUCGGCUGGAGAGACUGGAAAUAAUGUUAACGAUUUGAUAAGAUUUGAAAAAUCAUGUGUCCCAAGACAGUGUGAACAUAUUGGGUCCCCGGAAAACGGGCAAUUGCUAUCCACAGCCAAAAAUUUCGAGUUCCCAAUGAUCGUCCAAUUUCAGUGUGAUUUUGGUUAUCAAAUGAUGGGACCAGACUACAUACAGUGUUUGGCAGAUGGCACAUGGAAUGGAACUGAGCCGUUUUGUUUGCCCGCCACCUGCCAAGGCAUCGAACAACUCCCCUCCAAAUCCGACGGUCUCCACGUCACCCCGAACAACUCAACCAUCACCUUCGGCCAAAACGUGUCCAUCUCCUGCACCUUGCCCAAUCGACCAGGCCGUCCAAACUCCGCCCUCUUCUCCUAUCGUCAAUGUAUUUUUGACCCGAAAGACGAUGGAAGGGACUACUGGCUAUCUGGUCCACCACCAGAGUGCUCUUUCAUUGAAUGCCCCGCCCCUCCAACAAUGCCAGGUGCCGUUUAUGUCGGUGACGUCACCGAUCGUAAAAUGGGAUCUACAUUGGAGUUCACCUGUCGACAACCGUAUACUGUAGCUGGGCGGAGCGAUAGGACCAUAAAGUGUUCGUCAGAUGCCACCUGGGAUCUAGGAGAUUUACGGUGUGAAGGGCCAGUUUGUGUGGAUCCAGGAUAUCCCUAUGAUGGACAGGUUAGUCUUUUUGUUGGCAUUGUCGAGCUAGAGUCCGUCGAAGAAGGCGCAAUCGCUCGAUUCUCAUGCAAACGACCCGGAUUCGUGCCAUUCCCAAGUGACACUCUUCAAUGUGCACUUGGAGCAUCUUGUGUGCUCUCAGAAGACGUUGGAAUUGUGUCUGGAUUUGUCCCAGAUGGAGCAUUCUCGGAUAAUUCGGAUUCGACGAAUUUGGGAUACGAACCGCAUCACGCCAGGAUGGGAAGCAGUGGAUGGUGUGGUGCCAAAGAGGAUUUCAUCUUUUUGAGUGUGGAUUUGCAGAGAGUCUACACCCUGACCACUCUCCGCAUCGCCGGCGUAGCCGGCUCCGGCCAUUUAAAAGGACACGUCACCAAGUUCCAGCUCUUCUACAAGACCCAAAAUCAGAACAAAUACGAGCCCUACCCAGUGGAAUUUGAAUCUCCCGCCGGCAACCACAACGCGAUGCAUCAUUUCGAUUUGAAAUUCUCUCUUCGAGCCAGAUAUAUUCUUUUCGGAGUCACAGAAUACGAGGGAAAUCCAUGUAUGAAAUUUGAUUUGAUGGGCUGUGUGGCUCCGGUUUUCGCGGCUCAUGAGGUUGACAGUCAUCUACAGAUUGGAUGGAAUGGAUCAGUACCCCAAUGUGUUGAUAUGGACCCGCCGAAGUUUGAAAAUUGCCCGGAAUCGGAAAUUUUCGCGAAGGUUGAUGAAAAUGGACAGCUGAAGGCGGUGGAGUUUGAAGAGCCCGUGGCUAGUGAUAAUAGUGGGAAGAUUGCUUACACCCAAAUCGAGCCGCUUGGAAUGCGUUCUGGCCUGAUGAUCACCUCCGAUAUGGACAUCACCUAUACCGCAUACGAUUCGGCUGGAAAUACAGCUGUUUGCACGCUGAAAAUUCGAAUUCCAGACACCCAACCGCCAGUUAUGAAGUGUCCCGACUCCUACACAAUCCCAGUUGGCAACUCGACAAAACAUGUCAUUUUCGACAUGACUACUGUAGAUUUGGUCCUUCACGACACCUCCAACGUGUCAGAGGUCACUUUCAGCCCAACUGAAGCGACUCUGAAAAUCGGGGAGUUUGUGGAAGUCACCGCGCAAGCCGAAGAUGAGAAUGGCAAUAGGAAUAGCUGCAAGUUCCAAGUCGCCUAUGCUCCCGAAGCUUGCUCACCCGCCUCCUUGGCCUCAUCGAAUCACAUUGUCAAAAACUGUGUCCACGAAGAUGGUGCUGUAGUUUGUAGUGUGUACUGUGCUCAGGGAUAUCGAUUCAUUGAUCCGGACCAGAUUACGCAGAACUUUGUGUGCAAAGACGGACGGUGGUCGCCGAGGAACAACGCGCCGGCGUGUGUACCGAUUCCAAAAGACCCAGCUGGCUUCCAUGUCAACGUUGGUAUGACCUAUCCAGUUUUGUCACCAGUCCCGGAUCAUUGUUUGAAGGGCUACGCGGAGCUAGCAGCAAAAGAAUUUGACAACUUGGACAAGGUGCUCAGUGCUCGUUGCUCAUCGUCAGUUGAGGUCUUUGUGAGGCUGCUCAAGCUAGAUUUUAGUAAUUUGAAUGGACAGCUCAUCGGAAACUACACGAUCCAAGUGCUUCCUACCGAACAACAGAGCGUCUUCUAUGAUCUUUGCGGGCUGACCCUUCGGACGAUCUUUGAUUUGAACAUUCCGGGAGCCAACCAACCGAUCCAGUCGCUUUUGAGUCUUUCUGGAGAAUCCAUAGCCUCCCAGACGGCUGGAUGUCCUAGUAUCACUGCAAAAGGAUCUAGUAUAGUGCAAGGAUUUGCUUGUGGCACUGGAGAGGUGCUGAGACAAGAAGCCAAGGAUCGACUUCCGGAAUGUAGUAAGUAUUUUGUGGGAAAUUUUUGUAGGAAAUUUCAAGGGCUUUCUAAUCAUAUGCCAUUCUUUUUAGUGGCCUGCCCAUCCGGCUCUGUCAACAUCAACAACACCUGCAUCCUCUGCCCUCGUGGAUCCUACCAAGACGAUUCGGGUCAAACCUCGUGCAAACCAUGCCCAGAUGGAACCUACACCCUUGACGAAGGAUCUCAAUCCGUAGCAUCGUGUCUCUCAACAUGCGGUUACGGUAUGUACAGUACCACCGGUCUCAUCCCAUGCCAAUUGUGUCCCCGACACACGUUCUCCGGACCAGCACCAGUUGGAGGGUUCAGAGACUGCGAAGCCUGCCCAUCCGGUGCCUAUACUGCCAAACUAGGAGCCUCAAGUGCUACCGAAUGCCGGCUAGCUUGUAAAACCGGAAGCUACAGUAACACUGGCCUCGAACCUUGCUCCCCAUGCCCAAUCAACUUCUAUCAGCCUGCAUUAGGACAGCAAUCUUGCCUGGAAUGCUCCAACGCCACCGCCACUCAAGGAUCAGGAGAAUCCCUAGAGUCCGCUUGCUUCCCAAUCGAUUGCUCAGCCAAGAUGUGUGAAAAUAAUGCGGAUUGCUCAGUGUUCAUGCAUCGUGCUCAGUGUCACUGUAAGCCAGGAUAUGUUGGCGAUCGCUGUGAGAUCGUUGAGGACGUCUGCGCCACUCAGCCUUGCUACAAUGGUGGAAAAUGCGAGCAGGUUGGGACCACCUACAAAUGCACCUGCCCUAAGAUGUUCAGUGGAGCGAGAUGUCAAUUUGAAAGUGAUGAGUGUGUUGGGAAGACGUGCCCCAACGGUGGAGUUUGUCAUGAUUUGCCGGGAUUGAAGUCGACGACGUGUUUGUGCAGAACCGGAUUCGCCGGACCAAACUGCGAGGAAAUCACCGACAUUUGCUCCACGAAUAAUCCGUGUCGAAAUGGUGCAAGAUGUAUUGGCGAGAAGUUGGGACGGUUCAAGUGUCAAUGUGUGCCCGGAUGGGAAGGACCAACGUGUGAUAACAAUAUUGGGGAAGGCAAAAAAUUUGGGCGGAGCUAG